AUGGGUUCUAUUCACAAUCGAACAACUUCUAUUGAUCGCGCUUCUGUUGAAUCAAUUCUAGCAGGGGCCGAUCAAUAUACUGACGUACCAAGUCCCCAUAUUGGUACUUCACCCAAUAGAGUAAAUUUCUCUGCAAACCAACCACCUCGACCCAUUGUACGACCAGAUCGUGCACUUUCCUAUACUUCAAAAAGACCAAAUCGUCUUUCACUAACCUUUCCCGUUGCUCCAAGCAAUGGUCUCGAAUCGGCCAGAGCUACUCCGACAUCGUCAAAUGCUCCAUCGAUUCCUGGCACUCCCGCAGAUCCAAAAGUUAUUCUAUCACCAAAUGAUUCAAAUGGUUUCCUUGUUGCCUUGGCUAGUCAGGAGAGAAGGGUUUUCGAACUCAAGGAGGAACUCGAAAAAGCCGAGGGCGAACUUAAGCAGUUGAAAAAACAAUGGGCACUUCAUGAAGCAACAAAGAAGAGAGCGGAAAUUCGACAUGUCGAGAAACUUCAACCUGUACAGACAGAGCGCGGGUCUGUCGAUGAAAACAAAUUGACGACUCCAAAACAAAGCAUGGAUAUGGAGCGAAGGAAAGCUUUCCUUGCCAAUCUUCCUCACCUGCCGAAAGAUCAGAAAAAUCCACGAAGGAAAAUCAUCACAGGUGGUCAUACUCGUACCCUUUCGCUUCUAUCUCCCGACAGGAUGACACACAAUCCUACUCUCAACGAAUUGAAUGGCACAACCCCAAUCGAAGGGCUAUCAAGAACCACAACUAUGCCAGACACAAGUAUUGGUAUCUCCAGAGUCAACACAAACCGAGCGAACCGACAUUCAUACCAAGGAGGAAUGGGAGUAACACAUGGAGUGAAGCAGAUCACACAAGAUGUUAAGGCUGGGUUAUGGACUUUUUUGGAGGACCUGCGCCAAGCUACAGUAGGAGAUGAAGCCGUCAAUGGCACAGCAAAUCAACGAUCGAGCUUGGAUGCAACACAACGCGGGCUCCACAAGCGCGUUAGUAAAGGCAGCUUGAGGGUACGACGAGGGAAAUCACCCAGACCGGAUCCAUCAUCACAAAGAACGUGGGACUCAUUGACCGGUGAUAACUCUGCCCUCCUAGAUCUAGGGGGUGCAUUAUGGCAAGACUCUGAAACUCUUGCUGCACCCAUGAAACCCACGAACGUUCAAAAGAAAAGCGCCCGACCAAAUUCUUUUCCCACUCCCACCCUUGACGACGACGAUUGGCCCAAUUGGGAUUUUCCCACACCCAAAUCACCCAUGCGAUGGAGCGGCAGCUCCACACUAUCCGGUCCAGCGACGCCCGGAAACACGAGCGGCGAAGAUGAAGUAAACAUUCUCGACCAAAACCACCCACCCGACUCGCCCUCAAGAAGGGAUGAGAUUCAAUGGCCCGCGCUCGAUCAAUUGACACCGGGUAAUCUGAAGAGAACCGUAUCGACAAUCAUGAAGGAAUGGGAGAAGAGUCUCACUCCGCCCUCGGAAAAAUCACAAUCUGAAGAUUUACUCACGGGUUCUCCUCGUGUUAAUGGAGGACGGGAACGAGAACGAGAGGGUAGCAUGGCUGGGACUGAGGUGCAACAUCCUCAUGUGUAG